AUGUCGGAGAAUGGUCAGAACUCGCCAAACGGCGCCGGCGAUGCGCCUCCUGUAAACCCCGGCAACGAGCAUCUGAACAUCAAGGUCACCGACGGCAACAACGAAGUUUUCUUUAAGAUCAAGAGAAGCACGAAACUCGAGAAGCUGAUGCGAGCCUUUUGCGAAAGACAAGGCAAAGACCCGAAGUCGGCCAGAUUCUUAUUCGAUGGUCAAAAAGUGAAUGCCGUAGAUACACCAGAACAGCUUGAUAUGCAAGACGGAGAUUCGAUCGAAGUCCACCAAGAGCAGGUUGGCGGUGGACACAAGAGUGGUGUUACGACGCCUCAGUCUUGA